GUGAAUCAAUGCGUCGGAAGUUGCUGCGACAAGAUCGAGACGUGUCAUCCGCACACCGUCAAUAUUGUCAACAGACCGGUAAAUCUUUACGUUUCACCUGUUCUACGGUGUUUUAUUCGAGAAAAAAGAUUUUCGCUUUAAGACCUGUCAUCUGAAGGUAUACGGUAUUAGUUGAUUCACGGCUGACUUGAGCCAUCGAAAAAGGGCCCUGAAAAGAUUUUCAAAGAAAGAAACAGUGCCUGGUUGGUGGAGAGCGCAGACAGGCCCCCUUUUUUAACCAGGGAAUGCUCUCUGGUCCCAGUGGGACUUCUGAAUGAGACCAAAUUUACGUAUUUUUUCACGCUGAUUCCAAAUCUGGCCUCAAAAUUUGCCGCGGAGGUCUGUGAAAAAAGUUAUGGACCCUCAAACGUCGAAAUUUUUGGUGUUUCUCAUUGAGCUCUUUCUUUUAAGCUUGCUUUAAGUCGGCUUCAAAGAUGCUCAUAAGAAAGAAAUAACAUAAAUAAGAACUUUUUAUAGAUAUUUAGGAUUCCGAAACGUUUCAGAUCGUCGAGAUGGUCUACAUCGGAAACGACCGAUUCAUGGUCAACACGACGCGGAACAUCACCAUGGAGGAGCACACUUCCUGCUCUUGCUUCGAUUGUGGCGCCAAUGUGAUUUUCCGAAACAUUUUGAUUAUUUGAUCUAUUUUUGAGAAAUUUUAGUAUGAUCUACCUUUUUUAGAAAAAAUGUUGGUCUCAUAGAUAAUUUUUCAUGGAGUUUCGAAAAAAAGCUUUUUUUAUAUUUUUUUAGAAAAUUAUUGAGGAGAAGUUUUAGGCUUAAACCGAUUUCUGAAAUAGUUUUGGUCUUCUAAUCAAUUUUUUUCAAAUAAUUUUUAGGUUUAUAAUGAAUAUUUGAAAAAAAGGUCGAUGUAUUAUAACAAAUUUUUUUAUUGAGUUUUUGAAAAAAAGAUUCUAAUACUUUUUUUAAAGAAAUUGUUGGCCUUAUAAUUACUCUUCGAGGAAAUUUUUGGUCUUUUUAAUCAAUUUUUGAGGAAUUUUUAAGGCUUUAAACAACUCUGAAAAAAAGAUUUUUUUACGAUCAGUUUGUAAACAUUUUGAUAAAAUCGUGAAAAAUUUGCCGGCUUGAAAGGUAAUUUGGAAACUUAACAAGUUGCGGGCUUUUUGCGGGAGACUCCAGGGACACCUUUUUUAACGAAAUUUUCUUCUUUUGAUAGUUUUUCAAUUAUUUUGAUUAUUCAUGGUUUUAAAAUAUCAGUUGUAUGAAUGAAAAAAAGAAAACAUUUGUUUUUUCUAUUUUUCCACGACUCCGUUUUGAACCGAGUUCCCGCCAAAAACCGCGACGCGUACGCAGCGCUUGACCCUUCAAGUAGUGAUAAUCCGUUCAGAUUCUGAAUGUCAAAAAGAAUGACGUCAUUCGAAAACGCUCUGUGGAUGGCUCGCUCUCUGAUUGGUUUAUCGCGCCAUGGGGGGCGGAGCUUGAGCGAGGACAUUUGAAAUCUGAACAGACUAUUAAUAAUGCUCAAAAAAAAGAUUUUCUCCAGAUGCCAACGUGUAAACCGGGCUUCGUCGUCGGAAGAAGCUGCAAAUGCGAGUGCGCCAACAAGGACGACAGGAAUUUGUGCAUAGGUAUGGCGUGGACUUGUUCGUGUAGUUAGUGGGUGUUUGUCGAGACGACGACGAAGAAGAAGAAGAGGGCGACGUCGUCGAGGUGCCACUCAACGGCCAAGCACGACGUCUGAAACAUCGUCAUCGACAUCAUCGUCUUCAUCGACAGAGACAUGGGCAUGAAGAACGUCUGGAACAUCAGAAACAUGGUCAUCAUCACGGAAGUGAGCAAAAUCACCAGGAGCAUCAGAAUCCUGCCAGAAGACAUGAUACUCUUAGUCGACCUCAGAAUCAUGGUCAAACUGAAGAUCAACACCAGGAAAGUCACCGAGAAGGUCAGAAGCAUCAGAACCGUCGAAGACAUCCCGAAAAUCAUCAGGGAGGUCGGCACAUUCUGCAGGAUCAGAGUCAUGAAGAAGCUGGAGAUCAUCAUCAUGAAGAUCAUCAAAGAAGUCGGCAAAGGCAUCAGGAGCAUCACCGUCAAGGACAUGCUGUAGAUCAUAUCCAGAAAAGUGAGCAAGACCGACAGGAGCAUCAGAAUCAUAGAGACGCUGAAGAUCAUCACCAACACAGUCACCGAGAAGGUCAGAAGCAUCAUCAAAGAAGUCACCAAAGCCAUGCCAAGGAGCAUCACCAGAGAAGUCAGCAAGACCAACAAGAUCGCCAGGAAGAUUUCCAAGAAGAGCAUCACGGCGGGGUUCGUCAAAAGCGACAGGCUUAUCAAGAUGAGGAAGUUUCUCAUUAUCAACCCCAGAGAAGUCAGCAAGACCGACAGGAAAGUCUUCAAGAAGCUCAGAAGCGUCUGAAGGAUUAUCACGAUCUGAAAAGAAGCCAAGAGAAGGAGAAAAAACAGCAAGCUCUCCAAGAACCUCAGAAUUCUCGACAUGCUGCGGCUUAUCAGAAAAAUGUCCUGACUCGUCGGAAACGUCAGGUCGAAGAUGAACUUCUCCAGGCUCGGCAAGGUCAAGAGUUUCUCCAAGAGCAUCGCCGGGAAAGUCUUCAAGAAGCUCAAAAGCGUCUGAGUGAUUAUCACGAUCAGAAAAAGGAUCAAGAAAAGGAGAAGACCCAGCAGAAUGAUCAGAAAACCGACGUCAUCAGCCAGGUCGACCAGUGGCUCCGGGAGCAGCACCAGAGUCAAAAGCAACGUCGACUCGAAAGAAAUAAACCCUGAUCCUUUUGAAAGCCUUAUCUAAUAAAUUAAUUUGCCGAGUUUUGAGAACUUUCUAACGCCAAGGUUGUACCUAACGCUUCCUCUUCGCUAUCUUGAGUUCAACCAACUUUAAGGCAACCAAGUUUGGAACGAGCAGAGCUGCAAAUGUGAGUGCCGUCUGAAGUGCGCUUCCGACGCCCAUCUGAACGCCAAACGGUGCGAAUGCGUCUCCAGAAGACGUCAAUGGGUGGGUUGGCCUAGAAUAGUGCCGUAUUUGUUUUUUUUUAGAAAAACUCUUAGGAAGGCCAGAGUGGUCCUUAAAGGAAAACAGCCCCUAAAAGCCUAAAACUUUUUUCUAAAACGGGAAAAAAAUGCUCUUCAUUAGGCUGAAAAUGAGCAAGGAACGCCAGAGUGAUCUUUAUAGGGAUUAGAAAAAAACCGCCUGUAAAAAGUAAAAAAAAAGGUCUCUACUGGCUGGAAAGUGAGCAGGGAACACCAGAGGGAUCCCUAUAGGGAUUAGGAGAAAAACGGUCUCUAGAAAGGGAAAAGUGGUCCCUCGUGGGCUAAAAUUCAAAUGGUCCUUAUAGGGAUUUCGGGUCUAACCACUAAACCUUGAGUGGUCCCUUCAGGGGUCAUCAAAUUUUCAUUCAAAUUCAUGUUUCUUAUUAUAGGUUCAUAACAGAAAACGCCCAGUAUACACCCCUAUAAUGACCACUUUUGCAAGUUUCAGGGCUCCCUGGGGUUAGUUAAAGUGCUCUCCAGAGGCUUUAAGAUUACCCCUCUAGGGGCCACUCUGACGUUCCUAAGUCUGGCUAGAUGCCAUUUUAAUUAGAUUUACAAAAUCAGAGCAUAUAUCUAGCUUUUUCGGACUCUCUCUUCUUUUACAAAUCAUUUUUAGUUUUAAAAACGGGCUUUUCUGUUUCAGAAUGUGGAUUUAAACGAACUUAUUGUGUUAUUUUCGUUAAUAAGAGGCCAAAACGUUUCGAAAAGCGAACAAAUGAAAAUCUCUGGCCUGUCUGUGCUCUCUCGACUUCUCAGGGGUAUUUUCGUGUCUAUGAGCUAGUCACCUUUUGUUUGAAUCGAAAAAAAACGAAAAGUCUAGAAGAAGCCCUACCAGUUUAGAAAAAAAAACUUUCAUUUUGGUCUGUGUGCCACGACUUGAAAUUUCACGGAACGACAUUCCGAUGUUCCGCUGCGUGCGCUCGCGAAGCGUCUUUCGAAUCUAGGUCACGCUUUCAAUUGAUUGUUGUUGCUGUGGGAGCACAGGAAAGUAGAGAACCUUAAUAAAAGAAGAAAAAAAAGUUAAAAGCGCGACCGAGGUUCGCAAAGGCGCGCAGCUGCACAGCGGAAUGUCGUUUGGUGAAAUUCCAAGUCGUGGUACAUCGGCUAUAUCAAAAAAAUUCGAACUAAAUAUCGCCGUUUCAAGCACAAAAUAUUUGAAAAUAAAUGGUGUAGCUGAUGUUUGUCUAUAUGCGAGCGGUGGUAUGUUUAAUUCGCGACUAAAUUUCAAGCCCUUCGAUUUCAAAUGGAAUGGCUCAAUGCGUUGCGGUCACUUGCCGUGAUUGAAGUAAUUUCGGUGAUUUCAAAAUCGGCGCGUUAUUCUUUCAACGCGAAAUACACAAAACUAAAAACGUUUGGAAAUUUAGGUCCUAAAACGGUAUAGCUCCUACGCGAAAAACUCCAGUACCAUUUAGACAUUUAUUAACUAAAAUUUGAAUUCGUGCGUAAGUCGCCGUAUCGCCAAAUAUCUUUGUAGGAUUUACUUUUCUAACGGCAUCCGUAAUUCAAAUUUUGUAUUCAGAGAAAUAUUUAAAAUAAAAUAACGCGACAGUUUUGAAAUCGCCGUAAUUGCUUUGGAAUUGAAUUUUUGGGCGCCUCGCGGCCGCUUUGAGCCAUUCCCAUUGCGGCCCACCCAAAUUUUUAUUGGCAAAUCGAAUAUAGAGAAGAUUCUAUUUUUGAAAUGACGCAAUUUAAGAAAUUGGACUCUUCGACUUCCCGCUCCUACGCCCUCCCUUCCACAGACAUCGCCAGUCUCCCAAAACUUCGUGUCGCCGUUAUGGGCGGAAAUUAA